AUGGGUUUCUCCUUCCGCGGUCUUACCUCCAAUGCCUUGGUGUCCACCGGCGCCAACAAUGAGGUCGAUACAAAGGAUGUUGCCGAUGUCCCUGCCUCGGUCCAGGGCCACACGAGCCUCGAUGUCGCUCGCCCUGACGAGAAGCUCGGCACGCCACGGCUGACUACACUGUCCGACAACUCGGAUGAGGAAUUGAACCAGGUCGACAAGACUGCUGAGCAUGGCGUGCAGGCAGUCCAGGCUGCGACUCAGGUCUGGACCAAGAGGGACAAGAUCAUAGCCUUCGUCUCGAUGUGGUUUAUCACCUUCUUCAUGUCCUUUUGCUCGAGCUCCAUCUCCACCUUGACAGUCUACGUCACCAGCGACUUCCAGAAGCACUCGCUCACGGCCCUGACUGGCGUCAUCUCUUCGCUCGUUGCCGGCAUUUGGAAACUGCCAUAUGCCAAGAUUAUGAAUAUCUGGGGCCGUCCAAAGGCAUUGUCUAUCGGUGUCACUUCCUACACCAUAGGUCUGAUCAUGAUGGCCUCGUGCAAGAACGUGCAGACGUACUGCGCCGCCAUGACCUUCUACUACAUGGGUUACAACAUGAUCGACUUCUCCAUCACCGUUUUCAUCGCGGACUCGACCAAGCUCAAGAACCGAGGUCUGUUCAUCGCCUAUGCGGCUUCCCCGUGGCUGAUCACCACCUGGAUCUACGGCUACGCGGUUGACAGCGUCAUUCACGUCAACGGCAUUGGCUUCAGGUGGUUUUUCGGCAUCGUCGCCAUCCUCGCCCCAUUUGUCUGCUCCCCAUUGCUGGUCAUCUUCUACCUGAACGAGGCCAAGGCGCGGAAGCAAGGCCUCAUCCCGCCCAACCCCAGCCGAGGGACGGCUGGUCAGACCCUGUUCUACUACCUCCGAGAAUUCGAUGUCGUCGGCCUUCUCAUUCUGGCGGUCGGCCUGUCCCUCUUCCUACUCAGCUUCAACAUUUACUCUUACCAGACCGAGCAAUGGAAGUCGCCGCUCAUCAUCUGCUUCAUCAUCUUUGGAGGCCUUCUCAUCGUUGCCUUCGGCCUGUGGGAGAAGUACGGUGCCCCCGUUACCUUCAUCCCCUGGCAUUUGCUCAAGAACCGCACCGUCAUCUUCACCUACACCAUGGCCGCAUCGCUGUACGUUGGCUGGUAUGUCUGGGACUCGUACUUUUACUCGCUUCUCGUUGUCAUGUUCAACCAGUCAACUCCCCAUGCCACGUAUAUUUCAAACAUUUAUACUAUGGGCAGCUGCUUCAUCUGCCUGGUGUACGGAGUGGCGCUUCGCCACUACGGCAAGCUGAAGAUGUACUCGCUGUUCUGGGGCGUGCCACUCACAAUGCUUGGUGUUGGUCUGAUGAUCAAGUUCCGCCAGCCGGACGUCAAUAUUGGCUACAUCGUCAUGUGCCAGAUCUUCAUCGCCUUCGGUGGCGGUGUUCUCGUCAUUUCGGAGCAGACGACACUCAUGGCUGUAUCCAAACAGCAAGACUUCCCCGCCCUCUUGGCCGCCGAGGCCAUGAUCAUCGCUAUUGGCAGUGCCAUCGGCUCAACCAUCGCUGGCGCCAUCUGGACUGGUGUCUUCCCUGCUCGCCUAGCUGCCAACCUCCCAGCUCAUGCCGUCGGCAAUCUUACUUCCAUCUACGGCGAUAUCCUCGUCCAGCAGAGCUACGCCUGGGGCACCCCGGAGCGUGACGCCAUUAACCUCAGCUACGGUCAGACCCAACGUUAUAUGCUCAUCGCUGCUACAUGUAUCUACUCGAUCACUAUUUUCAGCGUCGCCCUCUGGGAGAACGUCGAUGUUAAGAAGAUCAAGCAGCGCACUUUCGGCCUCAUCUGA